AUGGAUUCACCGACUUCCGAGACGUCCUCGCCCCCACCAGCGCCAACUGGUCCAUUCGUUGGGGCCAUCGACGAGGGAACCACCUCCGCACGGUUCAUCAUAUUCCGCGCGGGCACCGACGAGAUUGUGUGCUACCACCAGAUCGAGGUUGAGUCGAUUUUCCAGAAGGAGGGAUGGUGCGAGCAGGAUCCCAUGGCCAUAAUGAAUACGGUCAACGAGUGCAUUGCCGGAGCUUGCAAGAAACUCGUGGCCCUGGGCGGCAAAGUUAAGGAAAUCAUCACGAUUGGGAUAACCAACCAGCGCGAGUCCACCGUCGUCUGGGAUAGACAUACCGGCCAACCGCUGGUGAACGCCAUCAUCUGGUUAGACAACCGGACUACCAGCACGGUGGAGGAGCUGUUGGAGACGAUUCCGAACAAUGCAAGGAACAUUAACUACCUGCGACCCCUGUGCGGGCUACCUUUGUCGCCUUACUUUUCGGGCGUGAAGCUCCGUUGGCUGCGAGAUAACGUGCCGGUGGUCAGCCAGGCCAUGGAGAAGGGCACGGCCAUGUUUGGCACCAUCGACACAUGGCUGAUGUUCAACUUGACGGGCGGCAAGGACGGCGGCGUUCAUAAGACGGAUGUGACCAACGCCUCGCGGACCAUGCUCAUGAACAUAGAGACUCUCCAGUGGGAUCCCAAUCUUCUCAAGUUCUUUGGCCUGCCCAAGACCAUUUUGCCGGAGAUCUGUUCGAGCGCUGAGUUUUACGGCAGUAUAGCACAGGGCGUGCUAAAGGGCACCAGCAUAAGCUCAGACUUGGGCGACCAGCAAGCCGCUCUUGUGGGACAGCAGUGCCUCGCCAAAGGUCAGGCCAAGGCCACUUUCGGCACAGGAUGCUUCCUGCUUUACAACACGGGAUCAUCCAUCGUUCACUCCGGGCACGGGCUGCUCACUACCGUCGGCUACCAACUAGGCCGGAAGGCAACACCAUUUUACGCCCUGGAGGGCAGCGUAUCCAUUGCCGGCGCGGCCUUCAACUGGCUGCGCGACAACAUAAACCUUAUUCAGAACUCCGGACAGAUCGAGACCAUGGCCAGCACUGUGGACAACUCCUUAGACGUGUACUUUGUGCCAGCUUUCAACGGACUUUAUGCCCCCUACUGGAACCAAGACGCCCGGGGCGUUAUUUGCGGACUUAGUGAGGAAACAACAAGUGAGCACAUUGUGCGAGCCACGCUCGAGGCAGUGUGUUUUCAGGUCCGCGACAUACUCGAUUCGAUGCACAAGGAUUGCAAGAUUCCGCUGGCCAAGCUGAUGGUUGACGGGGGCAUGACUGUGAAUAACCUGUUUCUGCAACUGCAGUCCGACCUGGUCGGUAUUCAAGUGCUCCGGGCCAAGAUUGCGGAGACAACAGCGCUGGGAGCUGCAAUGGCGGCCUACAAAGCCGUCGAGAGUCGCUACCAAAUGGAUGCUCCACUCUCGAAGUCAGGUCCUCGUGAGGCAAUAAAGCCACAAAUUAGUGCAACCGAUCGCAACCUCCGCUACCAGAAGUGGAAAAUGGCCAUCGAGCGCUCUCUGAACUGGGAGACAUCGACCUUUCCGCAGGGCGAGCGCGAAGCCUUUGAUGGAGCGUAGACUCAACCCUUGUCUGGUAAUGUA